AUGGAUCAGUCGAGAUGCAGUAUCACAGUACAAUCUCAGCAUCUUUCAUUGCUACUCCACUGCACUCACCCACCCAAUCAAUACAACAUGAAGCUGUUCGUGAUCGCCGCCCUCGUCGCCGUGGCUGCUGCCGGUCGUCUGGAGCACCUGGAACGCUCCUACCUUCCUCCCGACAACUCCGUCGGAGUCGCCAGGUCCUCCUUCGGUUCCAACGGAGGCUUCGGCUCCGGCUCUCACGGAUCCUUCGGGUCCAACUCUGGUGCCUUCGGUGCCGCUGGAGCAGGUCUGCAGGGCAACAACGCUGGAGCUCGCUUCUCUGGUGCUACCUCCAACCAGUACCUGCCUCCUAACCAUGGACCUUCUGGUGCCCAGGGUGCUCCUCAGUUCGCUGGCUCUCUGAAUGGUUUCAGUGGCCAGAACUUCCGUAGCCAGCAGCAGUACAACGGUAACGGUGCUGCCCACGGUGCUGGUCAUGGUGCGGCUCAUGGCAUCGCUCAGCAAUACUCUUCCCCCAGCUCUCAGUUCGGAUCCCAGGGUUCCAACUCCUUUGGAUCUCACUCUUUCGGAUCUCAGGGAUCUCACUCCUUUGGAUCUCAGGGCGCCAACUCCUUCGGAUCUCACCAAGGCCAGUACUCCCAGCAGUCUGCCGCCACUAGCCGUCAGUACCUGGCUCCCAAGACCUACCAGAGCUCUCCCCAACAAGCUUUCGACGAGAAAACUGGAUACCAGUACUAAGCCCUUUUUCUUAGUUAUUUGAGUAUCUUUGUAGCAAAUGUAUAUAU